UGAUCCAAGUGGAUUAUUACCUUUUUUUUGUAAGAGAUAUGAAAUACACAGCAUGCACUACAUUAAUCAUAAAACGAUUACAUUAAUCAAAUGCGAGGGAAGAAAUUAAAGACUCAAAGUAUCGCCAAGUAAUCUUAAUCUAGCUAAUCUAACAAAUCUGACUCAAACGAGGAAGACUUGUCAGUGGAGCCUGCACUAGCAUUUUUGUCGUGUAAUCAUAUCAGAGAUCAAAGUGAGAGAGUGAGUGAAAAACUGAGAGGAUGCAACGAUCUUUUUCCCGUAUUUGUACCAUUAUUGUAAGAUAAGCCUGGAGAUCGGGGGAAAAUCUUCGAGGAUACGAAGUAGAGAAAGCUAAAUAGAAGAAACUAAAUGUACAUAUGGUCGAAACACGUUUCCAUGACGUGCUAAUUAAUCCACGCAGUCUAGAAGAGAACGCGUAAGCAGAGCUGGCAGAGAACGCGGCGAGGUUCUCGUUCUCGGUGGGCGGUCCUUAACAAGGACGAUCGUGAGACUAUGUUUACAUUCUUUGUACGUAUAUUUGGACUUGUGUUUGCCGUCCGCGAUACGGUACCGCCUCACCUUUCCUGUGAACAUUGUGUAUCUUUUACAAGAAAGUCGAAAUCUCCUUUUCAAGUAUCAUAACCCGCACAGUCGUUCAUCGAGUAACCAACCAUCUGGAAAGAUAGUGUCGAAAUACUCCAUACUAUAAGCGUUCUUAUUUUAUGAAUUUUCGAUCCAGUUGAGAUUUUUUUUUACUACGUUCUUGAUUAAAGUAUUCUAGAAACAAGAAGAAGGAUUAUUCUUCGAGUACUUAAUUCAUUAAUAAGAAGGUAUUCUGUCGCGAUUCGAUUUUCGCGAUGGCAUCCUUGUGACAUUAAACAUAUGACACGUUUGUACCGAUUGUUAUAUAGUGUAUAUAUAUUGAAAAUGUUACGCGCGAUAAUUGUUGUUGUUAGUUUGAUUUUUGUCAGCGUAUCCGCUUACGAACAUAUUGUGGAUCAAUGUGACUGGUCUGGAAGCGGAGAAAAUGAAAGUGGUGGUGUCCGAGCAGUGUAUCUGCGCUGUACACGAGGAACUGUAUUAUGGAGUUAUCCUCGUGGUGCUAUGAGAAUGGUCCUCUCUUUUCCAACUUCUUCCAUGCAAAGAUGUCCCCUCGAUCUUACUAAAUUGGGUUUACGCACAUGUGUUAAGAUCUCUGGGCCUGUACAAGUGUUCCUAGAAACCAACCACAUGUUGAGACCGAUUUAUUCUCCAUCCGAUGGCAAACAUGAAAAUUCGCAUCGAUGCUUUCGCUGGCAAAAACGUGUUGCCCUCUUCAUGGAAGCGGAGGAUGAUUAUUCCUUUAAAAACAACAAGGUCAAGCUACAAUAUGAAAUAGAAUCAGCUUCAUCGAAAGGAUGUGUACUGCAUGUUUCAGAUGAAGAAGAAGAAUGCAGACCAUGUUCUAUGGAGGAACUCGCCAAUGCUUAUUGUCAGAGUGACUUGGUUGCUAGAGGCACUAUCACAGCUGUUGAAGAGCAGAUUUAUCUAGACACUGCCGAAUUGGUGCUCAAUGUUAACAAGAUUCUACGCCACGUUCAAGAAACCGAGAAUAACGAGAACACCAACAUAACAGCUUCUAAGAAAAACAUACGCGUGAGAGUUCCAUUAAUGUGUAAGGCGCGACAUGGUCCUGGUGAAUUCAUAAUAAUGGCCAAACGACGUCUCGGAGACCUCGUUUUGAUUUGUGCGCCUACGCUGGAGACUUGGAAAGAGACUAUACAGGAGAUAGAUAAUGCACCCUGUGUCCUUACCAGUUAGCCAAUGUGAUUUAAAAUUUUUUUCAGAAAGCUGUAAAGAUCUGUACAUUAAAUAACAGUGUGAAUAUUUAUCAUGAUGCAAAACUGGGAAUCUAUACAAAAUCUGUGGUAACAAUGCCAUAUUGAAAAACUGCCAAUCUAGCCAUAUACAAGAGUAUUGUAUACAUAAGCAGCAUCAUUCUUGGUGUACGUGUGCAACUGUCAGAUUGUUGAUCUCCAAACUGUGAUAUUAUUUGUUGCAUUAAGAGAAAUGUGGAAAAGCGUGCACGAGAAGAUAGAAAGUACAUUUGCUCUAAUAUUUGUUUUAGAGAGCAAAAGAAUUAUAUACAGAAUAUAUACAGAAUAUAUACAGAAUAACCCAGAAAUUGUGUACUUGUCCUUAAAGACUAAUUUUAUUCAAAUCUUUACUUUUUUAAGACUCUCUUAUAUUCAUAAUUCUUUCUUUC